AUGGGGCAAGCCUCGACCAGGCUACCCUCGAAGCACCAGCCUUGCCUUAAUUCAUCUCAUUUGAGGAUCUCGACCCGAGCCAGGAGAACAGCACGAGCUGCCAAGGCGAGGAAAAUCUUGUACAGGGAGGAUGGCCGCAAGAACUUGAUGCGCGGCAUCGAGAAGCUUGCAGAGACUGUGGCAGUCACCCUGGGCCCGAGAGGGCGCAACGUUCUCUUGGACAAGGGUGAGUUCUCUGCCCCACAGAUUGUGAAUGAUGGUGUUACCAUUGCCAAAGAGAUCGAGCUAGAGGAUCAGGUCGAGAACACAGGCGUCCAGCUGAUCAGGCAGGCAUCUGCAAAGACCAACGAUGUGGCGGGUGAUGGCACCACGACUGCGACCAUCUUGGCACAUGCCAUGGUUAAAAGUGGAAUGAAGCAGCUUGCCGUGGGCGGAGCCAACCCUGUGCAGAUCAAGUCCGGCAUGGAGAAGGCCGCAGCUUUCGUUGUCGGGCAGAUCGAAGACAUGGCCGCGCCAGUGAGCGACAAGGACAUGGACAAGAUUGAGCAGGUCGGAGCAAUAUCUGCAGGUGGAGAUGAAGAGGCCAUGGAAGCUGCCAUGAUCUUGAAUCUUGUGGCAUCUUGCACAGCGGGAAAGAUGAUCGCAGACGCCAUGGCCAAGGUUGGCGGCAGCGGCGUGAUCUCUUUGGAGGAGUCGCAAUCGACGGAUACCGAAGUCGAGCUCACAGAGGGUAUGAACUUGGACAAGGGAUACCUGUCUCCGUAUCUGUGCCUCGAUGCGUCCAACCCAACGAGCCGAACUUGGGAAGCGAACGGGCCUCUGGUCCUGGUGACGGAUCAAAAGAUCUCCAUGGCACAGCAGGAGCUCAUCCCCAUCUUGACCAUCGCAAAGCAGAUGUCGAAGCCGCUCCUGAUUGUUGCAGACACGAUCGAGAAAGAGGUCCUGGCGACGCUGAUCGUAAACAAGAUCCGAGGCAUUGUUGACUGCUGUGCGAUCCAAGCACCCGGUUUCGGUGACAACCGCAAGGCCAUUCUGCAGGACAUUGCCUUGGUGACCAGUGCAACAUACAUCACGGACGACCUGGGCCGCAAGCUAGAGUCCAUCACGGCAGAGGACUUCGGUACUGCCAGACGGAUCUCCGUCGGCAAGGACUCGACCACAAUUGUGGCGGAUGCGCCCAAAGAGGCUCUGGACGACCGCUGCGAGCAGCUCCGGAGGCAAAUCGAGGAGACGAAGAGCAGCUACACGAAGGAGCAGCUCGAGAAGCGCCUGGCCAAGCUUGUGGGCGGCGUUGCCCUGAUCAAGGUUGGCGCGACAACAGAAACAGAGCUAAAGGACAAGAAGCUCCGAUUGGAGGAUGCGAUCAAUGCCACGAAGGCCGCAGUAGACGAAGGCAUCGUGCCAGGUGGGGGUGCUGCUCUAUGCCACCUUUCGCAAGCGCUGCGGACGUGGGCACCGGAAAACCUCUCGGAGGAUGAGCUGAAGGGUGCCCUGAUUGUUGCCGACUCCAUGAGUGCGCCGCUGAAGCGCAUUGCGGCAAAUUCUGGCCAAAAUGGCGAGCUUGUAGCCGAGAAGGUUGCGGACACGGCAGACACCAAGCAAGGCUUCGACGCCCUGCUGCUGGAGUAUGCGGAUAUGCGGGGUAUCAUCGAUCCGGCGAAGGCUUCACCACCAAAGGCUGACCUGGCACUUUUCUCUGUUCUUGCGUGCCUCGGAGGUGACGCGAUCAGCCCUGCAGAAUGCAACCUCAAUUGCAGCCAUGAUUUUGACUACCGAGUGCGCCAGGGGCUGACAUUCGAGAUCGUUUUAGGCAUGGCUCCCCGGUGCUUGGCGCUGGCCCAGGUUGUGGUCGAUGCUAACAGCAAGGAUGACGAUGAUGACGAUGGGGAGGAGGAUUUUGACGCCCUGCCUCCCUGA